AUGGGUGACCCUGACCAGGCCAUUGCCGAGGUCUUUCGGAAAAUCGAAAGAGAGAAGGCUCUUAUCAAUGCCGCCACUCACAUGCGACAGUCCACCAACAAUGCCGUCGUUCAGGCUCGUGUCGACAGCAACAUUCGCGAUGGGAGGCGAAACAUCUCCUAUCUAGAAGACAAGCUCGCUGAAUUACAACUUCGCAGGCGCGGUGAUAACAAUGACGCUGCUCCUCCUGCCCCGCCAACUCACGGCGGCCAUGGCUACCCUUCACCCGACCGCAACCAACGACAAUAUCCUGCUGGAGGCGGUCCAACGCCUCCUCCCAAAGACCCCAGAGCCUAUUUUGGCAACGAGCACGACAACUAUGGGGAUCAAGGUCCAGCUGGCUAUGGCCAAGCUGGUCCAGGAAUGAUGCCUCCGAGAACUCCCUACGGCGAUAAUCGACCAUACAGUGCUCCUGCACCCAAGGUCCGACCCAAUUUCUCAAAAUUAGAUCUUAUCAAAUAUGACACUCCAUACCUGGGGCCCAAGAUUCAACUCAUGCUCUCGCAGCUCGAAUUCAAAUUGUCCGUCGAGAAACAGUACAAGGCUGGUAUUGAGAAAAUGGUUAGGCUGUAUCAAGAUGAAGGAGACAGGAAAAGCAGACUAGAUGCGGAAGGGCGUCGGAUAGAGAGCAACCAAAAAGUCCAACUUCUGAAACAAGCCUUGAAGAGAUACAUGGACUUGCACGUUGAUAUUGAGACUGCAGAUGGCGGAGAUGAUGAUAGUCUCAACGCGCCAAACAUGCGGAAACCAUUGACUGGCCACCUCGAGAUGCGAAUUCAUGCCAUUAAAGAUGUCGAUCAUGCUGCCUCCUCCCGCUUUUCCAGAGGGCCCGAAACCUUUGUCAUCAUGAAGGUUGAGGACAACAUUCGCGCAAAAACGCGAGCCACACGAACAGAUAAGUGGACUGAGGAAGUACACAAUGUCGAUAUCGACAAGGCCAAUGAGAUUGAGCUCACAGUCUAUGACAAAGCCGGAGAUCGUCCGACCCCCAUCGGCUUUCUCUGGAUUCGAAUUUCAGAUAUUGCAGAGGAAAUGCGACGGAAAAAAAUUGAAUCUGAGUUUCAACAGAAUGGUUGGGUUUCUGCCGACAAAAUGGCCAACGGUGGAAGUUCCGGCAAACCAGGUUCUGACAUGCCGUCUGCACCGUAUAUGCUCCCUGGGGAUGGUGCUGGCGCAGGUACAAUGGCUGGGUUUGCUCAACAUGGCGGCGGACAAGGUGUUCAACCUGUCUUUAUUGAUUCUUGGUUUUCUCUCGAACCCGCCGGUCGGAUUCACCUCACCAUGAGUUUCCAGAAGCAGACUGGGGCUAGACGCCCAUUUGACAUCGGUCUCAAUCGGCAAGGCGCUGUGCGCCAGAAGAAAGAAGAAGUCCACGAGAAACAAGGCCACAAAUUCGUUAAGCAACAAUUCUACAACGUCAUGCGAUGCGCACUUUGCGGCGACUUUCUCAAAUAUUCUGCCGGCAUGCAGUGCGCAGAUUGCAAGUACACCUGCCACACCAAAUGUUAUCCGAAGGUCGUCACCAAAUGUAUCAGCAAGGCCAACUACGAAACAGACCCCGAUGAAGAGAAGAUCAAUCACCGCAUUCCUCAUCGUUUCGACAAUUUUUCAAAUAUUGGAGCGAAUUGGUGUUGCCAUUGUGGUUAUUUACUACCUCUGGGAAGGCGUAACGCUAAGAAGUGUUCUGAAUGUGGUCUGACUUGCCAUGCUCAAUGUCAGCAUUUAGUUCCCGACUUUUGCGGAAUGUCGAUGAUUGUUGCCAACGAAAUUUUGGAAACCAUUCAACGAACAAAGCAUCACAACAAAUCCUCUUCAGUCGGCUCGGGCUCCGGUUUGAGUUCUCGCACUUUGAGGCCAAAUUCCGGUCGACCGGGGCCUACAUCUCCAACACAGAGCUUUGGUUCCGCCGACACCGCGCUAAGUCCGCAGCCAACAAAUAAUUCCUACGAGCCCUACCCAGACGGCGCCAAGCCUUCCACUGCGGCCAUGAGCGCCGCAGCAUCCAUGUACAAUCAGCCUCCGCAGCCUCCACCUCCGCAGCAGCAAAAGCCCCUUCAGCAGAAGGCUGUAUCUGCUGCUGCCGUUCAAGCGGCCGCUGCAGCAACGGCUCGCCCGACAUCAGCAAACUAUAACCAGAAUUUCAAUGAAUACAGCCCCCAGAAGCCACAGACAGAUCGUUACGCAAACGCUAGGCCUCCAAUUCAAGAACAACAACCAACUCACGCCUCUUACGAUCCUCGAGCCUAUCAACAGUAUGAUCGGCAACCAAUUCAACAGCAGGCUCCUCAGCAUCAAGCACCACAGCAAGCCGUUGUUCAACAACACAGACCGCAACCACCAGCCCAACCCGGCUAUGCCCCAGGACCUAUAAAGCCGGCUCCAGCAGCACAACAGCAAGUUGCUGGCCCUCCAUCAGGAAGAGGCUCUGGGCCUAGGAUCGGGCUCGACCAUUUCAACUUUUUGGCCGUUCUGGGUAAGGGUAACUUUGGAAAAGUCAUGUUGGCAGAAGCAAAGAGCUCGAAAAAGCUAUACGCAAUCAAGGUUCUCAAAAAGGAAUUCAUUAUUGAGAAUGACGAAGUGGAAUCGACCAAAUCCGAGAAGCGAGUAUUUUUGAUCGCCAACAAAGAGAGACAUCCAUUCUUACUGAGUUUGCACGCCUGUUUCCAAACCGAAACCAGGGUUUAUUUCGUCAUGGAAUACAUAUCAGGUGGUGAUUUGAUGUUGCACAUUCAACGCGGCCAGUUUGGACUAAAACGGGCUCAAUUCUAUGCUGCAGAAGUGUGCUUGGCUCUGAAGUAUUUCCAUGAAAACGGGGUUAUCUACCGGGAUUUGAAAUUGGACAAUAUCCUGCUUACAUUGGACGGACAUCUCAAGAUUGCCGACUAUGGUCUGUGUAAAGAAGACAUGUGGUACGGGAAAACGACUUCAACCUUCUGUGGUACCCCAGAAUUCAUGGCACCUGAAAUCCUUUUGGACAAGAAGUAUGGUCGAGCUGUCGAUUGGUGGGCAUUUGGAGUUCUCAUCUACCAGAUGCUUCUACAGCAAUCACCAUUCCGAGGUGAAGACGAGGAUGAAAUAUACGAUGCUAUCCUUGCCGACGAACCCCUAUAUCCCAUCCAUAUGCCUCGGGACAGUGUUUCAAUCCUCCAGAAGUUGUUGACCAGAGAACCAGAACUCCGCCUGGGCAGUGGGCCAGGUGACGCACAGGAAAUCAUGAGCCAUGCAUUCUUCAAGGGUGUCAAUUGGGAUGAUAUAUACCAUAAACGGAUCCCUACACCUUUCAAGCCCACAGUCAAGAACGAGAAAGAUACCAGCAACUUCGAUCAGGAAUUCACUAGUGUUACUCCUGUGUUGACCCCUGUACAGAGCGUGUUGUCACCAGCUCAUCAAGAAGAGUUCCGCGGAUUUUCAUACUCGGCAGAUUUCAUCUAG